AUUUCUUGUCGGCCACCCCGGUUAUUAGAGGACCCCGGCUCAACCAGCGAGGACGACGUUCGUGAAGCAGCUUUCAGCUGUUUGCCAUCUAUUUCAGAACACGAAGGAAGAUGAUCACUCUUUGCUCUGCUUUCAUUUACAUUCUUGCUACUGUGCCGACAGCUGGUGUUUGGUGAAGCACCCGUCUACUUAGGAGGGAAUACAUUUAACUUUCAGUCCUCAAACUGCACUCAUCCAUCAAAGAGCAGCUGUUAAACUGGAUGUUGACAAAUUGAACUGAAGGCAUCGCUGGAGAUUAUCCUUAAUUUUCCUCACUGAUCUACCAAGUAUAACUAGAUCCCAUCAUGUCUAACCCAACCAGCCAAAUCAACCAUGAGGCAGCCUACUUGUCUCUCAUGAAAGGAGUGAAGGAACUGGACUUUCGUGGCCCCUGUGUUCCCAGCGACCUGCUGUUGAUCGGAGAUCAUGCUUUUCCUUUAGCCAUGAACAGCAACGGUCAAGUCCUGAUGGCUGCCUCUCUGUAUGGUGCUGGGAGGAUUGUUGUUCUGGGUCAUGAAGGCUACCUGACUGCCUUUCCUGCUCUGGUGGAGAACGCCCUGCUCUGGCUGCGGGGUGAUGGAUCAGAUGACCCUUCUGUAUUUGUGCACAACAGUGUCAAGAUGGUCAGCGACAACCUCAGCAAGUCCACCUUCCAAGCACAAGUGGUGGGGGGCUUUAAUAGCAAUCUUAAGACCGGUGUGUAUGUGACGGAUGCGAACAACGUUGGUACUGACCCGAAAGACUUGGUGGCCUUUAUGAAAGCUGGAGGAGGGGUGAUGAUAGCCGGCCAGGCGUGGAGCUGGGCUGCAGAUCACCCUAAGGAGAAUACACUGCAUCACUUUGAUGGAAACAAGGUGUCUGGGGUUGCAGGGAUCUACUUCUCUAAGAAUCCAGCAGAGGUGGAAAACCUCCCAGUCUACCCACAGAUUCCAUCCUCCUACAUGGCUGUAGUAGUAGGGAAGGAUUUUGAGGACGACUUGCAGUUCUUACUUCAUGGUGUUUCAGAGCUCACCAUUGCAAAUGGUUCACUAGCGUCAGAGGUUAUGGUCCAUGGCCCACUAGCAUUUCCUAUUGGUGUAGCAAAUGGUGGGCAGGCAUUUUUGGCCGGAGCCUAUUAUGGCCAAGGUCGGGUCAUCAUUGCUGGACAUGAAUCAGUUCUGAGUGCUGAGGCAAAUGCUCCAUUUUGGAAGAAUGCCUUUCACUGGCUUGAUGAAGGCCGAAGGGGCGUUGUUGGAGUAGCACUGAUAAAUGGGAUUAAUAUAGCUACCAACUCAGGCCUAGAAAUGGAGAAGACGGGCUUCAAGAAAGACCUGAGUGUGUUUGUAUCCCCAUCAAACCCCCAAAGCCACUUGGAAGAGAUCAAGAACUUUGUAGCAGAAGGAGGAGGUCUUCUGAUUGGAGGACAUGCCUGGUACUGGGCACAGAGCCAUGGAAAAAGCCCAAUGGCAGAAUUUGGAGGGAACAAAAUACUAAACCAAAUGGGGUUGAGCCUGCUGGAUUCAACUAUUCCAGCAGGUUCAUAUAAGGCUCUGGAUCCCAGUCAGGCCAUCAAAGAUACCUACCAUUUCCGGCAUCUUUUGCACCGCUUUGCAAAGCAUGUAACUGUGCAGGAAGAACUCAGUAAAGACGAUGAGGAAUUCCUCAAAAAACUGGGCAGCGACUGUUCUACCUACUUGAAAAUGAAAGCUCAUGACUCCUGCCACUACUCUCAGGUGGUGGCAACACUCACGGACAUCUUAAAAAAGUCAGGCAUGCCACAGGUGAAUGAGACAUGCCCUGUCAAAAAUCCCAAAGACCACCUUCUGCUCAACAUUGGGGCAGAGGUUUACAAGGUUUGCCCACAUCCAGACGACCUCCUGCCGUACCUCAUCAAGGACAAUCCACUGUUGCCAGUUGUCCACAAUCACAGGGUUAAAAUUGAUGUCAGUACAGCAGGAGGAGAGGAGUGGAUCAGCACAGGUCUCUACCUUUCUCCUGGUAUGAAGACAUAUGUGGCCAUACCAGCAGAUAUCGUCAACAAAGGAUGGCAGAUUCAGAUAGGCUGUCAAACAGAUCGUCUGAAUGCCGCAGAGUUGAAGAGAGCUCCAUGUGUCCACGUACGCUUUCCUGUCAACUCUGAGAUGAUCCAGGUGUCGAACCUGUGGGGAGGACUCAUUUACCUUGUGGCCCCACCCAACACACAGGCACAAGGGUUAGAGGCUUUUGUACAAAUAGCUGUUCCUGCACCCUAUUAUAAAUCAGGUGUUACGACUCAAGCUGAAUGGUCGUUGUUGUGUACGGCUCCUUCACCUUGGGCGGAGUUGGAGUUUGACAACAUCAUCCUCACUGUACCCUCUGAUGUCGUCAGAUGUCUUGAUCAUCCCGAUAAGUUGGCGGACCUCUGGAAUGACAUCACGAAGGCCAUCGCUGACCUGGCUGCCAAAUCCCACAAAUUUCCACGAAAAGAGCGUUUUGUAGCAGACGUUCAAAUUUCACACGGUUUUAUGCAUGCAGGUUAUCCCAUAAUGGCACACAGGUGUUCUGCAACUGGGUUGGUGGAUGUUAACCAUGUGAAGACCAACGGCAUUUGGGGUGCCAUCCAUGAGCUCGGACACAACCAACAGCGAGGCUGCUGGGAGUUCCCUCCACAUACCACAGAGUGCACAUGCAACCUGUGGUCAGUGUACGUGCAUGAAGUGGUGUUUGGGAUCAACCGGGACAAGGCUCAUGAAGCGAUGACUUUGGAAAACCGAAAUAAACGAACCAAGGACUAUAUACAAGGGGGCAUGCAGCUCAGCAGCUGGAGCAUGUGGGUGGCCCUGGAGACAUACAUGCAGCUCCAGGAGAAAUUUGGCUGGGAUGCCUUUAAGAAAGUGUUUGCUGCCUACCACAACAUGAACAACUUUCCCAACGACAACAAAGGGAAGAUGAACCUGUAUGCAGAGACGUUCUCCCAGACUGUGAGCAUGAACCUGACUGGAUUCUUCCAAGCCUGGGGAUGGCCUAUCGACCAAGCCACUGAACAGAAACUAUCCAGCCUGCCUGCGUGGACUGAUCAUCCAAUGGUCUGAAUGGCAACGAGCUUAUUGUUUCUGAGCACUGACGUGGUUAUGAGGACCAGUUCCUUUAGACGAGCUUUAGUUUGGGGUAAUUUAGCUACAAAUUGUGAUGAUUUUCCUGCAUUUUCACCUUUAUUUAUAACAUUAAAAAGAGAAGGAUAUAUAUUGCAUGCACUUUUUACCUAUUAAUAUGGCAUUCUAGGGAAGAGGAGAGCAGAAUAUAAAAACAUGGGUAAUGCAAAACUUUGUUGUUACUUUGAAUUAGUUGCACACAUCACACCUUGGCAAAGGAUCUCAGGAGUUAUUUAGGUCUAUGUGGCAUCAAAGAUUUUAUGAAAGGGGCAUCAAGGGGUAAUUGUAUCUUAGAUAAAAAAAACAAAUGGAAGACCAAUGUGCUCAUAGGAUAGAGAUAGAUUAUGUAUUCAUGUUCUACACAAAUGAUAUUAGGAUGUACAUAUGAUUUUGUGUAUGAAUUAUAUUGUUUUACUUAUUGCAAUAUUACAUGUUAAUCAUUGGUGGAAGAACUUAAUUUUUGUGUCCGUUUACAGUAUCCAAAAAGCUGCUACAUGGCAAAAAUCAAUAAAACAACAAAAACACUUUUGAACCUUUGAA